AUGAUCGACUCACCUGCAAGUAGAGAAAUUGCUGCGGCUUUAGAUUUAAUAAAAGACCCUUCAAACGAGAUUCUGGAGUGUCGUUAUUGCACUGAAAGGUGCCUGUAUCUUUCAAUUAAAUGUGAACCCGAACUUUCAUUUUUGCUGUUUAUUCCUGUUGAGUAUCCAUCCGAGAAACUGAAGAUUUGUCAACUUUCCGAAGGCGUCACUAUUGGCGACAUUAAAAAGAGCAUCUAUAAUAUAAGUGAUGCAGUUCUAAUGAUUAUGACAGUUGUUUGUACUGAAUUUAAGAAACCAAUACCCCGUUUGGCGGUUAAACAAAACCCUGGUUUGUAUCUAGAAUGGAUGUUUGAUUUAAUCAAUAUUGGAGCUGUUAAAACCUCAGAAGAGUGA